AUGUCGAGUCAAGACUACUACAACAGUCAGUAUCCUCCGCAGCAGCAAGGCUACGGCGAAUUUGAGCAGCACGGCCACCAACAAUGGCAGUCACCUUCUGGCCCGCCUCCGGGGUACAGACACCAGUCUUACAAUCAGGGCUAUGACCAGAACCGGCCAUAUGAUUAUGGAUCCCCGCCACCACAGGACUACCAGCAACACUACCAAAGCCAAGGUGGUUAUCAGACCCCGUACAGUCAGCCUCCAAACAAUCAAAACCAGUACACUUCGCCCCCGCCUGAAGGGUACCAGCAUCCACCGGAUCAAUACGCGGCGCCCCCACCCCAGGGCUACCCCCCUAACUCGGAUCAAUACAGUUCUGCUCCGCCCGUUCAUUCUUACCACCAGCAGAACUACUCAUCUCAACCGCAAGACUAUGGCUACAACGACCAAGCACAACGCGCUUACUCACCUAACCCACCACCGGCACAGACCCAAUAUGACAACUUCAGUCCGCCCGUCGGUGCCCCACCAGCGCACGUGGGUCAAGGCUAUCCCGGCAACUCCGGCGUGCCUAUUGAUCCCAACGACCCCAGCGCGACUCAAGACCGCGGACUCAUGGGUGCCAUGGCUGGAGGUGCGCUAGGAGCCUAUGGCGGCCAUAAAGUCCACCAUGGCUUUCUCGGCGCCAUUGGCGGAGCAGUCGCCGGGUCCAUGGCAGAAGAUGCGCUGAAGAAGCACAAGAAAGAAAAGAAGAAGCUUCAGCGACCUGGCGGUCUUCGGCGUGACUCGUCCUCGUCUUCUUCCUCAUCCAGCAGUAGCUCCUCCGACGACGAAAAGAAAAAGAAAAAGAAGUAUGGCCUCGCGGCCGCGGGUGUGGCAGGUACGGCAGCGUACGGGGUGCAUCAGCAUCAACAACAGCACCACAGCAAUCGCGGGCCGGCACCCCAGAUGCGGGGCAACUUCUCGGCUUCCGCGACCAGCAUUACGCUCGACAGGGAUUACGAUCUCAUCGCGAGCUGUGCAAACGUCCGCGGCGAGCACAAGCUCUCUUCCAUCUCGCUGAACCAAUGCCUGACCAACUCGCACGGACAUUUCGCCUGGUAUCGCGGUGGGAAUUUCGGGGCGUCUGCACGGAACGUCAGAUUGAUCGAAAACGGCAGGGUGCUGGAAGCCGAGCUGGGUACCGGUGGCGGGGGAUGGAAUCGAGCGCAGGUCCGCCUGGAUGAGAGGAUCAGCAACAAUGACGGCGAGUUGAUUUUCCUCGAGUAA